UGCUUAAAGUCAGGGGGAAAAUGUCUGCCCGCAUUCUGCAGAUGGAGGAAUGAAGCACCUGGGAACUUUUUUCGUCUCUGGAAGACUCGUACCUCUGUGAUUGUGUGCGUGCAGGAAGGCUUGGUUGCAAGACAAGACCAAUCAUUUGUCUUGAUUCCAUGGGCUGAGAGCAGGCAAACUGAGGGGGACGGGACGAGCAAACCCCUCUAUCAAGACCUGAUCUAUUUCCACAAACAAUUUAGUAUAUUCAUGAGGUUACGCAAAUGUGGAGGCAGCAAAAUUACCGUAAUCAGUUGAAACAGCGAGUGCGCAUCCAUGGCUAUGAUUAUUUGGAGAUCAUCUAUCAGCACGAUGUCUAUGUAACGAGGAAAGGGGUGCAUUGAAUUACUGUUGAGUUUCACUGAGAAGUCCAUGAUCAUUGGGCAAGGGAGUUUGGUCAGUGACAAUAAGGCUCCGUGGUGGGGUGACAAAGUAUUUUAGCAAACAUUAGGUAGCUGACUCUGGUUUGUUGAAAGGUGCUGUUUUGAAACGAAAACUUACACCGUUCAGACGAUCCCCAGUACGGCAUUCUCUGUAAUCUCCUUUUCUUUCACCUGACAAAAGGAAAAACAGAGGCGGCAGAGCCGCAAGUCUGAGAGGAUAAACUGAGCAUGGAGGUCAGGUACAACCAAGAAACCGAAGCCAUGGUGCUGAAGAACGGAAUAAAGGAAGGGAAGGACGGCAAAGAUUCCCAGGGCAGCUUGUCGAAAAGCUUCCUGAAGGAACAGCAGGACUCCUUUUCCUCUUCUGGGACCAUCGAGAACUGCGAGAAGAACAGGGGGAGCGCGGGGGACCCGGACUACUGCCGGAGGAUUCUUGUCCGAGAUGCUAAAGGUUCAAUCCGAGAGAUCAUUUUGCCAAAAGGUUUGGAUUUGGACCGACCCAAACGGACCCGCACGUCCUUCACCGCAGAGCAGCUCUACCGUUUGGAGAUGGAGUUUCAGAGGUGCCAGUAUGUGGUUGGAAGAGAGCGGACAGAACUGGCCCGUCAGCUCAACCUGUCUGAAACUCAGGUCAAAGUCUGGUUCCAGAACCGCCGUACCAAGCAGAAGAAGGACCAAGGGAAGGACUCGGAGUUGCGUUCCGUGGUGUCGGAAACGGCGGCGACCUGUAGCGUCCUCAGACUUCUGGAGCAGGGGCGGCUGCUGACGCCCCCGGGCCUGCCGGGCCUCCUGCCGCACUGCGGCGGGGGCACCCUGGGCACGGCCCUGCGCCCUCCCUCCAUGGCCAUGUCCGGCAACGGCGGCAGCGGCGGCAACAGCGGAGGCAGCGGCAGCACGGCGGGCGGCAGCCCUCCGCUGCCCGCCGUCACCAGCUCAGGGACAGUGGCGGGCCUGCAGAGCUCACCGGCCGCUCACGGCCUUUUCAGCUUCCCCAUGCCGUCCAUACUCAGCGGCGUCGCCACCCGUAUUUCAUCUAACCCUCUCUCCAUGGCUGGCUCGCUGGCUGGCAACCUGCAGGAACUUUCUGCACGGUACCUGAGCUCCUCCGCCUUUGAGCCUUACUCACGGACCAAUGGCAAAGAAUCCAUGGACAAGAAAGUUUUGGAAUGACUGUCAUUUUUAUUUUUUAAAUUCCUAGUACGGAUUCCUGUUGCCUCUGGAUGCGUUUGAGUUGUUUUCUUUGUUGUUACUGUCUUUGUUUGGUUUUGCCAAGUGUCUGUCAUCUGUUGGUGUCACGUUCUGUAACAGCGUACAUAUUCCUGCACAUCUGGCGCCUUGAACAAGAAAAAAACAAACAAAAACAAAGGCCAUCACAGGCUUAUCUAACACAUAGAGUGGUGGUGGAUGGAUUUUGCACAAAAUGUUACCACAGGACUUUUAUAACAAAGAAUUAGAACGACAAAUGAUGGCAUUAAUAGGGGUUUUUGUCAGACUUUGUGUUUUAAUGAUUAACCACAUGUGAUCAUAGAGUACAGCUGCUAAAAGACAAAGAAGCUCCAUCGCUGCAGAAGCAGCUCUACUUCAUGUACAGCAGGAUAGUCUCAGCCUGGUGGCAGGAAUUUGACGGGAAAGUGACGAUCCCCCUUUACUGAACUGUGUUUUAGCUGUCGAUUGUGUUGGGUAAACGCACGGCUCCGCAGUGAGUAGAUGUAAAACACCUGAGCAUCAGUUUGUGGGAUUCCAAUCAGAUAAAUCAGUGCGUUUCAAACGUAAAAUGCGGCGUUCCGAAUGAACGAGAGAGGCUGAUUUCUUGAUGGAGGCGGAGAGGGGAAAAAAAAAGGUGCCUCUGUGUGUGAAGGUCGCUGCAAGGCCAACGUCAGCUCCAAACCUAGUGCUUUGGUUCACCGCAUCUCAGCGUACAAACACAUGUUUCACAUGUAAAAUCUGUUUCAGUUCAGACCAAACCAAAACAGAACCCAGAAAAAAAAACUGAAAAAAAAAAAAAACAGUCUUGUCAUCCAGUUUGAUAGUUGAAUUGUUCGGUGUUGUUUGUUCGCUUUAUGGUUUGGUGAAGAUUUGAUGAAAAUCUUCACUUUGUGGUAUUUUUUGUCUUCAAGAUGCAGUACCCCAGUUUUUAUUAUUUUUUUCAGUCUGUUUUGUUUGUUGUUUGUUUUUUUUUCCAUUUACUUUUUGUCUGUGCUUUUAAUACCACUGUGAAUUCUCAGAAAUUUGGUGUAUUUUUUAUUUUUUGUUAUUUUUAUUUAUUACUUUUUUUCAUGCUGGCACUACAAAAGAACUGCUGAGGGACAAAAAGAGAAAGAAUAAAAGACCUUUUCAGCAUAAGUAAGCAAUUUAAUUGGAUGAACACAUUGCAGURACAGAGUUUUCAGUUGAUGAAACAAUAUAAUGACCUUUUAAAAAAAUAAAAUAAAAAAUAAUCUAAACCCACAGCCUUCACAAAAGGUUUAGGCAGAUGAGAAGAAUGAAUGGCAUUAACGUAUGAAAUACUGAAUUGUACCUUAAACUUGUUAUUUUAUUGUAAAUUAUUUACCUCUGUAAUUAAUAGAUUAUUAGUAUAUUUGGAAAUGAAUGAAUGAAUGUAUUAGUGGGGGGUUUGAGGAAUCAAUUUAACGCUCUUUGGUGCUGUUGUUGUGAAAUAUCUUGAAAUUUGUGAAAUGUGUGGUUAAAAAAUGUGCAUAUAUAUUAUGUAUAUGGCUACAGACAAAGACAACUGUGUUUUUUUAUUUCAUACGUGUUGCUAAUGAAGUUAUGAUAAAAUUUAUGACUGUUAUACCUCUUUAUAAA